AUGACUAUGUGCCUCCGGGGCACCAAGGGAGCAGGGGAUGGGACCCUGACCAGAGACCUAUUCACAUCACAAACUAACAGCAAAUGUACCACAUACUGCUCCAGAGGAGGCCUCGGUCACCACUCUCAGGGUGAUGCUCUCCUGCUCUCUUGGUCAGGCCAAAUCAACUACGCCUUCCCGCCUCUACCUCUCCUGCCUCAGGAUCUGAAAAUAAAGAACAUGGGCUCGUGGGCAAGCUUGGUCCAGAAACCCCUCACGACUCCAUCCUCCACAGCAAAGUCCUCCAGCGAUAGCUUUGAGCAUUUCAAGAGGGCAGCGCGGGAGAAGGAGGAGCGGGAGAAGGCGCUCAAAGCUCAGGCAGAACAGGUGGAAAAGGAGAAGGAGCGGCUGAGGCGGGAGCAGGAAAGGAUGAGGUGAGAGGCCUGCACAUCUGUAUUUCAUUGCUCCUAAAGCUGGUCUCCCCAGGGUACCGAGGUGUGUGAAUGGGGUUAUGUCCCCAUUGGGGACAGUCGCUUCCUCUUUUUGCUUCACUUGUCAGCUUGGUGCCUUGGAGCCACUGCUGAUUCGUUGGGAAAAGACAGGUUUUUCAGCAUGAUCAACCAGAAGACAGUGAGGGUAAAGCUGUCUCCACUGCCCUUUUGAGGGGUAUACCAGACAUGGCCCUGUUGUCUAGGCCACCUUUUCUCUAGCUCCCUUGGGUUGUACCUGGGCUCUGUUAGCCUAGACGCGUGGCAGCACUUACAUGCAGCAGUGCAGGAACUCUGAACAUAAUCAGUGGGUGUAAUAUAGCCACCGCUUCCAUGGUGGGCUCACGAGAAGAUGGGCUCCUUGCCCACUCAGGAGCCAGUGCAAGUUGUAGAGUUCCAGCAUCAUACUCUGUUCACAGUUCAUACCACUGAGGUAUCUGGGUGUGCCAGCUGGAUAACAGCUGCCGUUUCCUCCUUCUCUAGCUGACUAACUGUACUGUUAAGCAAGAAGCAACAUGAGCAAGAAUCUCUUGAUGCACUAAGCACUUCCCAUUCCACAGCGUGGGGGUCGCAAAAUGAGU